AUGGAGGAAGAGGAAGAUGUUAGUAUUAAAAAGGUGGAUGAAAGUGUGAUGAUUAGCAAAAGUGUUAGUAAGGAUGAAAGCAAAGUAUCCAAUGAGGAUCCAAAACCCACUACAUCAUAUUAUGGUACAAGUUUACUUGAUAUAUUUUAUAGUAAUAACGGGAUGGAUGAUCAAAGAUUGGAUGAUUUGAAAGCUGAAGUUGAACGAUUGUCGACGGAUAUGAGUAACGGCGAUAAUGAAGCUAUAGAUGUCUGGUGUGGUAAUGGGACAUAUGAUGUUGGUUAUUGUGAUCGGGAAGAAAUAACUAGCGAUGAAACGGAAGUAGAUAAAGAGGUUAAUUUAAUCGAUUAUGAUGAAAAGGAUAAAUAUAAGAAAUUUAUCUGUUGUAAAGUCAACAAUCUGAUAGAUUUUGAUGAAUCCGAUCAGAUGAACGAAAGGGAACCUGAAAGCAUAUUAGAUGAGUUUGUUAAAAACGAUUUGAUUGACUUUAGGUAUGUUGAAGAGGAAGUAAUUAAGAAUGAUGAAGUGAAGGAUGAAAUAAUUAGGGAAUCAAAUAGUGAUAUGAUUGGAUGGUCUCGACGAAUUGGUGAUGAGGAUAAUGCUAAAAAGGUAGUUCAUAUUGGACAUUGUGACCAGGAUGAAGUUGAAGUCGAAAAUAAUAAUAAUAGGGAUAAAGCUUCUGAUGGUAGAGCUAAAAUCGUUAAAAGUGAAAUAGAAAACAUCAAAAGAACACGUUAUGAAUUCCAUGAUGAAUCGAGUGAAGAUGUGGUUUUAGGAUUGAAGGAGAUGGUAAAAGACUUGUUAAAAGUGUUGAGAGAUGAUGACUCUGAGAAAUUCGAGUGUGGUGUAGAUUUGUCCAAAUGGCAUUGGCAUACGGACUUUAGGGAUCUUGAUGAUAGAAUUGUUGGAUGGUGCCGAGAGCCUGCUGCAAAUAACAAUUCGAAUAUAUGA